AUGUGGGACUUCGGCCAGUGUGAUGUCAAAAGAUGCACUGGUCGUAAGCUUUCAAGAUUUGGGCUUUUGAAGGAGUUGAGAGUGACCAAUCGUUUUGGUGGUGUUGUUCUCAGCCCUGUUGGAACACAAUGUGUAUCCAAGGAAGAUCAUCCUAUUGUGCAAAGAAAAGGAUUGGCUGUGGUUGACUGUUCCUGGGCACGUUUAAGUGAUGUCCCUUUUGUGAAACUACGUUGUGGUGCUCCUCGUCUCUUACCAUGGUUGGUAGCGGCAAAUCCUGUGAACUAUGGUCGCCCAUGUGAACUUUCUUGUGUGGAAGCUUUAUCAGCAGCCCUCAUAAUAUGUGGGGAGGAAGAUACAGCACAUUUGCUGCUUGGGAAAUUCAAGUGGGGUCAUGCAUUCUUGUCUCUAAACAGAGAUCUCCUGAAAGCAUACUCCCAAUGUGAAAAUGGAUCUGAGAUUAUCAAUGUGCAGAACUCAUGGUUAUCAAGUAACUCAAGUGUUCCAAAGCCACCUGUAAACGGGACAGAGGAAGCACGGCAAAGCACGGAGGAGGGAUCUGAAGGUGAUUCAGACGAUGACUUGCCCCCUCUCGAGAAGAAUCUGAACCACCUGAACCUCGACGAAGACGAAGAAAGCGAGGAAGAGAGUGAAAGCGAGUAA